AUGGGGCAAGAAGGCGAUAUAGUUGACCAGGUUUUCGGAUGGGGUGAUCGAGUUGUUGGCAAAACGUCAGAGCUUGUCAGCAAGACAGGUAAGGCGACGUUCGAUGCCGUGAAUGCGAUAAAGACUCAGUUGAGGGGUGCAGACGUGGAUAUUCUGCCCGCAGUGGGACAACACGAGCAUGCCCAUCUCAGACGGUCAGUAGACUAUUACUUCUCGAAAUUUGCGCAUACCGGGCGGAGGCACUGGGCUGUUGGUUUAGGUUCCGUUGCCGCCGCAUCACUGGUAACAUUUAAAUUGUACCAACUGCUCUCUUUACCAGAGCACGUACCUAUUGCGAAGGAUGGACGGAAACAGAUUAUCUUGAUUCUAGGAGAUUUAAAUGAUCCGAUUAUUAGGUCUCAAGUGAUGGAUCUGUACAGGAGAAGAUACACGGUUUUUGUCUGCUCUGAGAACGCCGAUCGCUACAAGGGCGGUGAUGAGGAAACCGAGUGUUUAAUAUUCAUCGACCCUCGGGUUCAAAAUGAUUUGCUACGGUUCACCACUACUUGUCAAAAGAACAGGCUGUAUAGUAUAUUAUUCAUGCCAAGUUUGGCAUAUCACAAGCCAGGUGAGACGUCGACUGAUAUGCUACAAGCCGAGAUUAAAUCGAAUGUGUUGAUAAAUUAUAAUUCCCUGCUGCAAGUGCUUCCCCACCUUCCAGCUGAUAAAACACAACUUAUUCUCUUCAACCCAUCCUUAUCAUAUAACUUGGAGGCUCCACAUCAUCCGACUGAAACUUUUGUGUCAGGAUUUAUCACUUCAGUGUACAAAUCUCUGAAGAAUUAUCACACGUUAGACGUGUGCAUGAUACAUAUGGGUCUCUUCCAAGUGAGAGGGCAACUAUCCAACUAUAAAUAUUUAGAUCUGAAGGGGUCAAAUAUUUAUAAUUCGCUGCAUACACCUGUUUAUCAAAUGAUAAUGCACUAUAACGGUAAUAGAUUACAGAGGUUCCUCCAGUAUUGCUACACACUAGGUAGAAAAUCAAACGUUUACUACUUAGGGAAUUAUAGUUUUCUCUCCACGCUGUGCAUUUUCCCAGUUUUUCUCGAGAUUGAAUCAAUCUAUUCUGGUUUAAAGAGCUUCUUCCAUUUGCGUCUACCGGAUAUUGUGAAAUCGUGUUAUCGUUUCUUUGUACAUAUUAAGUAG